AUGCUAUUAGAGCCAGCGCAGUCCCAACGCCACGCUCUUGCUGUUGACCAUCGCGUUCACCCACCCGCGUCCUACGAACAUCCGGGCUCCAAGGAAUCUGUCGACGCCUUCUCUGGUCCUCGCAACCCCAUGGAACGCAGCACCGCCGAGUACUCGCAGUCAGGUUUGCCCUCGCCCUAUCCUAGCAACUUCGGCGACACCAAUUCUGAAGGUUCGUCGGCAGAUCACGCAUCUGCUGCACAAUAUCCCGUGAAACAGGAAGCAACCUACCCAACCUCGGCCACGCCAACCUCUGAGUACGGUGUCUAUCCUCCAUCGGCCCGGUCAGGAUCUUUUCCAGAACAUCUGCAACGCCCAUACCAUACCGCAAGCAGUGCAAGCAGCGCAGGUAUGGCGCAGCAGCAACCAAACAGUCCGUCUUUGCCCCAGCCGGAUGGGCGUAACCAUCAUGAAGCCUCAGCUAAGUCUGACAACGAUGUUCCUAUAGAUCCGUCCAUUGCGGCUCCGAGUCCUACAUAUCCGUACGGGCAGCACUCUCCCUACGCCCCGAACCCAGAUAUGGCGGCGCACAGCUACUCUCACCCAAGCGGUGGGAUGUACGCACAGCCGCGACCAGACUGGGGUGGCUACGGCCAGCACGCUCAGCCUCUGACCCCAGGGCACCCAGUCUACGCCCACGGUGGUGCUUCUGCGCCUCCUCAAGCUCGUCCAAGCCAGGUCUACUCUUUUGUUCCCAUACCAGGGGCUCAACAGCACAAGCGGCCGCGAAGGCGAUAUGAAGAAAUUGAGCGGAUGUACAAGUGUGGUUGGAACGGCUGUGAGAAGGCAUACGGGACCCUUAACCAUCUCAAUGCCCAUGUGACGAUGCAGUCACACGGCCCCAAGCGUACUCCUGAAGAAUUCAAAGAGAUACGCAAGGAGUGGAAGGCCCGCAAGAAGGAGGAGGAGAAUCAGCGCAAGGCUGAGGAAGAGAGGCAGCGUCAGGCGGCACAGGCUGCUCAAGCUGCUGCACAGAACGGCCCUGACCCACAAGGCCCAGACGGACCCCCAACCUCAUCCUAUCCAGGAUCGCGACCCGUCACUCUGCCUCCUAUCGGGUACCAACCCGCCCAGUACCCGGCGCCUCCUUCUGGUGGUGUUCAGCAACCCCUCCCCGACUACCAAAACCACAUGUACCCUAAUUACCCUCCUCCACACUCUCCUUACGCUCAGCCUACCCAGGGCAUAUAUAAUCAGUCUAAUGGUGGGCAACCUCCUAGCCACUAG